AUGAAUUGGCUUGUUUUAGUGAUUGUUGCAGUGCUAGCUGUGGCAGCAGGCAACCCCUUUUGCACCUGCACUGUGCAGGAAAAAAAUGGCAAAACAGAAAGUGCACUAAGCUCAAGUGCGAUUUUAAAAAAUGUUGUAAAACAUGCGCCAAGAAUCAGUGAGAGUGAAAUUAAUGAAAGUGAAAUAAAAAUAGUGAAAAAUGCUCAUGAGGACGAAAAUAAAAUGCUUGAAAAAAUUGGGAAAUGUGUAAAGGAUUACACAUUACCUUGCCCAGAAUAUUGGGAAAAAAAAAUUCUGAACAAUGGAGAAAGUGUAUGUACAGCUAAUGCAGAAUAUGAUGGUUUCUGUGAAAUAAAUCAAUCGUUUGAUAAUUUUACGGAAAAUGAUAAAAUGAAUUAUGAAUCAAGUUGUAACGUAGAAUGGGGAUGUAAAAAUUUAUUAACAACAUAUUCAUGUGAUAGUGGAAAAAGAGAUUAUAAUGAAAUAUGUCCUGUUGGUUUUAUUGUACAGAACGAUAAUAGCUGUAAAGCGGAUAUAACUGUCUAUAGAGGUAUGUGCAAUAGUAAUAAUAGUAUAAAUUUUACGCAUUUAACGAACUCAGAAAAAGAAAAUUGGAGUGCAGCAUGUGAAGCAUAUUGGCCUUGCUAUAAAGAAUGUGCUCCUGAUGAAUAUCUGUCCAAUUGUCCAAAAGGAUGGACAGAAAUAAAUUUAUAUGAAUGUGUACCAAAUGAAAAAUAUAAAGGUCCAUGUAAAGGGAAUAAAAAGUUUACUUAUUUUACCAAAUCGAUGAAAAUAAAAUUUGAAGAAAAAUGUAAAACAAGAUUUGUGUGCAAAAAAAAAAUUUGUGAAAAAAAUUAUGAACAACAAGAAUGUCCAUUACAUUGGAUAAAAGAAUAUGGAUAUUGCUUAGCUCCAAAAUUGUUUACAAAUUGUAAUAGAAAAAAAUUAUCCAUUGAAAAUUUAACAGUAAAAAAGAAAAAAGAAUUUGAAAAAGAAUGUUCUGUUGAAUGGCCAUGUAAGGAAAAAAAAAAAAAAGAAAAUUUUUGUGAAAUGAAUUGGAACUUUGAAUGUCCUUAUAAUUGGAUAAAAGAAAAAAUAAAUUUACAAAAUGAUGAGGAAAAAAAAUAUAUUUGUAAAGCUGACCCUUCGCUUAUUUAUAAGGGAAGUUGUAAUAAUAUUUAUCUAGCAAUUAAUUCGGAUGAGUCUACAAAAAGAGAAAUAGCUUCUAAUUGUGAUGCCCCUUGGCCUUGCAUUUAUGAACACACAAACUCUUACCCCGAUGCGCAAUUAAACAGGAUAAGUAAAGCAAAAAAAGGGGAUGGUAAUCUAAAUGAAGGACCCAUUACCGACCAGGGAGAUAUAUACAAGAAGGAUGUUUAUCAUGUAGUUGAAGAAGACGAGAAUGAUUCCACAGUUAAUGAUAUCAUGAAGUGA